CUUUAACCUCCUCAUCUCUCUUCCUUUCCCCUCUUUCUUCCUCUUCCCAUUUCCCUUUACCUUUUUAGACUUCCUUCCCCAUUUCCUCUAUUACUACAUCAUGGCUAGCACAAUAGCUCGUACCGAGGAACGUCAGAACGCUGGCACCCUCGAGCUCAAGGAUGACACCGCCAUUGUUGUCCUCGGUGCAUCCGGAGAUCUGGCCAAGAAGAAGACCUUCCCGGCCCUCUUUGGCCUCUACCGCAACAAAUUCCUGCCCAAGGGGAUCAAGAUCGUCGGUUAUGCCCGGACGAACAUGGACCACGAGGAGUACCUGAGACGCGUGCGAUCCUACAUCAAGACCCCCACCAAGGAGAUCGAGGAGCAGUUGGAUAGCUUCUGCGCGCUUUGCACCUACGUCUCCGGUCAAUAUGACCAGGAUGACUCCUUCAUCAACCUGAACAAGCACCUGGAGACCGUCGAGAAGGGCCACCGCGAGCAGAACCGUGUCUUCUACAUGGCCCUUCCCCCCAGCGUCUUCAUCACCGUGUCCGAGAAGUUAAAGAAGAACUGCUACCCCAAGAACGGCAUCGCCCGGAUUAUCGUCGAGAAGCCUUUUGGCAAGGACCUGACCAGCUCGCGCGAGCUGCAAAAGGCCCUCGAGCCCAACUGGAAGGAGGAGGAGAUCUUCCGGAUUGACCACUACCUGGGUAAGGAGAUGGUCAAGAACAUCCUGAUCAUGCGCUUUGGCAACGAGUUCUUCAACGCCACCUGGAACCGCCACCACAUCGACAAUGUUCAGAUCACGUUUAAGGAGCCGUUCGGCACCGAGGGCCGUGGGGGUUACUUUGACGAGUUUGGCAUCAUUCGUGACGUGAUGCAGAACCAUCUCCUGCAAGUUCUGACGCUGCUUGCCAUGGAGCGUCCCAUCUCCUUCUCGGCUGAAGAUAUCCGUGACGAGAAGGUUCGUGUUUUGCGCGCCAUGGACCCCAUCGAGCCGAAGAACGUCAUCAUCGGCCAGUACGGCAAGUCGCUGGACGGCAGCAAGCCCGCGUACAAGGAGGACGACACGGUUCCCCAGGACUCGCGGUGCCCGACUUUCUGCGCCAUGGUCGCGUACAUCAAGAAUGAGCGGUGGGACGGCGUGCCUUUCAUCCUGAAGGCCGGUAAAGCCCUGAACGAGCAGAAGACCGAGAUCCGCAUUCAAUUCCGUGAUGUCACCUCGGGCAUCUUCAAGGACAUCCCCCGCAACGAGCUGGUCAUCCGCGUCCAGCCCAACGAGUCGGUGUAUAUCAAGAUGAACUCCAAGCUGCCCGGUCUGUCCAUGCAGACCGUGGUGACCGAGCUCGACCUGACCUACCGCCGCCGCUUCUCCGACCUCAAGAUUCCCGAGGCGUACGAGUCGCUGAUCCUGGAUGCGCUCAAGGGCGACCACUCCAACUUCGUCCGCGAUGAUGAGCUCGACGCCAGCUGGAAGAUGUUCAGCCCUCUCCUCCACUAUCUGGACGACAACAAGGAGAUCAUUCCCAUGGAUUACCCUUACGGCUCCCGGGGUCCCGCCGUCCUCGACGACUUCACCGCGUCGUUUGGAUAUAAAUUCAGCGACGCCGCUGGCUACCAGUGGCCGGUGACGUCGGCUCCCAACCGGCUGUAGACCGCGUCGCGGUUGACAUGUGAUGGGGAAGCCAAAAGAAGCGAGAACAGCCACGAGGGAAAACAACCAUAAAAAAACAGAAGAAAAAAAGAAGUACAAAAUACGUUGAAGACGAUCACCUCAGCUAUCAGUGCUGGAUCGUUUGUUCGCUGUUACGACAUGACACGAGGUAGCCAUAUAGCGGGAAGGAGGGCGAUAUGAAGUGAUGCAUCCGGGUGGGCCAAUGACGAGAUAUAUCCAUUGAUUUUCAUUUUUGUCGCGAAUUUUCCUUUGUUCGGUUCUUGUUGUCUUUUUUUAUUUAUUUUUCUAUAUUUUAUUUUCAUAUUUUCAUAUUUUCUUUGUCGUCGGUCCGAUUUAGAAACGAAGGCAGUGAACCGUUACGAGCCAUCAUGAUGGAUCGUGGAAAACCUC